GCCACUUGGGGCGGUCCUUGUAGAAGGGUAGGGCCAAUCAUGCACCAGAUGGCUAUAUACCACACGGACAUCCUCUUCAUUAAAGUUGAUACUGAUGAUCAUGAAGAUAUUGCUGCUGAAUAUGGUACCCAGGCUAUACCUACGACCUUUUUCUUUAAAAAUGGUGCAAAGGCUGAUGAAGUUAUUGGUGCUGAAUAUGUUUCUACUUUUGAAAAGAAGAUUCAAGAGGUUUCCGCUUAA